CAUUUUUUUUCUCACUCUAAAAGUCAAAGCGUACGGAUGUGCGUCUGUCGCGUCCGCGUUCCGAGUGUUUUGUGUUAAAAAGUUUGUACAUUACGCAAAACUGUGUGCAUCGAACUUAACCCGAUGCAAUGCAAUACGAAACAGAAACAGUGCAAGUGUAGCAGCAAAUCGAAUUUCCCAGUUUGUUGCCGCCGGAAAUUCGCUGAGUUUGAUUGAUAGUGCGUGAAUCGUGUAGUUGAGUGUUUUUUUUUACCAUUUACAUAGUUUCUUGUGUACACAAAGUGAAAGAAAAAGGAAACCAAACGUAGUGAGGUUUGUGAAGUUUUGUUGCGGAGCUGUGGCUGUGUGCAGAUCAGGUGCAGCUGUUAGACAAAAAGAAGGUUCGGAACAUCCGGAAUUGUGGUGCCAGUGGUCAGGCUUUAGGUUUUGGAUUUUUAUAAAAAGGAGUAUGAAGCUGUCCAGGAGAAAUUUUGCCAAAGCUUGAGUUAGAAAAAAGAUUUCCUCGCUUUGUUUUGGAGCUUUCCCUUUGGAUUAUAAUCGAAACACGCGCGUGAACGCAGGAGCUCCUCACUCUGUCGCACACGUGGCGCGAAUCCAAGACGCCAGAGCGCAAGAACCGAACGCCUCACGUGUCGCUACACACACUACCCCUGGGCAUGCACCGUGCAGUGCUACUGCAAUGGUUACCGGCUGCCGCAAGGUGAACAACAGCAGUUUCCGAAUGCAGCCGUCGGUUGCCACCACAAACACAACGACGACGACCGUGUCACGGUCAGCAUCCGCGACAACGACGCCGGCACCACGCGGCAGUUAAUCACGCGCGACAUCGGACGACGGUUGUGGGCGACGAAGCAGCGGUCCCACGGCGGUACCCAAAAUACAACGUGGCUGAGAAAGAUGCCGCUGCUGCUAUGACGAAUCCGGACGCAACCCGUUCCUCCGGAUGACUUCAUCAACACGACAAGCCGACGACAGAGCAGUGGGAAGCAGAGCAAGGGUACAAAGUGCGCGACCAUCGGUUUGUGUCAUCCUAGUGGGAGCGAUCGAGAGAGCGAACGAUCGACGAAAACAACACUCCCGUUGACAGUUGCGUUCGAGACGUGCGUCGUCACUGAUCGCAGCAACCCAAGGCGCGAUUCGGUUCCGAGCAAACCGCAACUUUAUUGUUUACCAACCCUUUUUUUCUGUGUGUCUACGUGUUUGCUGUCGAUAAUCAAAAUACACAGCGUCGUGUGCUUGUGCGUGUGCUUUUGUGGUGUCCCUUUAAAGUUCCAAAGUGGCUCUAUUUCGCAAACCUUUCCCUUGCGAGUGUGGCAGCGGAGAAAGUGUGCAGCAACAACAAAGGGUGUGGAAAUACGCGGGGUUGUGAAGGUGAUGUGGGGUUGCAGGGGAAAAUUUUAUCAAGUAAGGUUGGUCAACGUUCCCACAUGAAGGUGAAUUUAAAAUCAACAUCCUUCGAGUGUUGAUAUUGGAGCAUUCCACAGCCAUUAAAGAAGCAUCGUGUGUUUGUGUGUUGUGCGAUAAGUGGUGUGCGAGCCAAGUGUUUUACGGGCCAAAAAGCAAAAUAAGAUCGAGUUGUGAUCGAUCCGCGCCUGUGUUUGGUGAAAAGAAAAAUAAAAGCCAGAGAAAGUGUACGCGCACCGAUCAGGUCGAAUGUUUAUCUGUGACAACGUCGUGUUCAAAAUCCUUUCAGUGUGUGUGUGUAUUUGUGUACGUGCUCUCAAAAGUGGUACCAAUUUUGGUGUAGUGAUACGGUUUAGUGAAUUCGUGCUUUCCAACAGUAGGCAGCGCUUUUUAAGCUCAACUGUCAAAAAGGCCUGAGCGCGCUAGUGUCACUCGGUGUAGUAAAACAACAACAACAAAAUAGAAAAACAACCUGUGUAGUUUGUAGCGCGUUACGACACCCGGCGGUUCGAUAAUUUCCGAUACUCACCGUGUGUUACGGAGCAGGAAAAAAAUCAGGAAAUCUCAACGUGUUUUCGUCGCUACACAACUUUCCCUCGCGUUCCUUCCGUCCUGCAAAGCGUCCGCGACCGUCCGCGAGCAUCCGAUCGCUCGCUGGAUAAAAAGGGAAAGAUGGCGAAACUGGUGGCGUCUUGCAUUUUAUGAGUGAAAGGAAAGUGCUUCACGUCCCCUCCUCAACACAGCCGAAGGCUUGAAGAAGCGGAGGGAAAAGAGGCAGCGGUGGCAAGCGACGACAGUGCGUCCACUACUGCUUCCGUUUCUCGGCCCUCCAACAACCUCCGCCCGCCCCCGGCCCGUGACCAUCAACGAUGAAUUCCGUAUUUUCUGCAUUUAAAGCUUCCUCGUCAACGGUGUCACCGGCGUCCACGGCGACAGCCAAUUCCAGCAACGGUGCCGGUAUCGGUCCGACGUCCACAGGACACGACCACCCAGGCAACGGUGGCGGGAUGGUUCUCGCGAACGGUGGGACCCUGAUGGGUCCGAAAGCGUCCUCCACGUCCUCAUCGGCCUCCUCCACCUCCUCGAAGCUGCUGCUCAACAUUAAAACGCAUCGGCCAGCGGUGGCCGACCAUCCGCCCAACAGCAGCUACGAGAAGCUACGCCACAUACGCGAGAUCAGCUGCACCAACCGCAACAACAGUCUCGUCGUGGGGCUGGAUGGGGAACUGGAUGUGGUGUUGCCGGUAGCGGCCACCACACCGGAAGACACCUCAGUUGCAACCACUCCCGUCCAAAGUCCUACGACGCUCGACGAGAAGUGUCUCGGGGAGACGGACACCCGCGACACAGCAGCAGACUCCACCGCCCAGUGUCUACUGCUGAAUGGGAUCAGUGGACCUCGGAUUGUGGGCGUCGAUCAGGUGGACAACCACCACCACCAUCAUCUUCAUCACCAUCCUCACCUGAACAGCAGUAGUGCCGGGCUGGUGAAUGGUACCGGCGCACUGCACCAAGCAAAGGCUGACACAACGACCAAGAGUGAUAGCAGUAGUAGUAACGGUAGUAGCGGCGUUAGAGCCACUAGUGGCACCAGCAGCAGUGAUAAUGGGUUUCUGCCGAAGAAAAAGAGCACCUCCACCUCGUGCACGGACCUCGGAACGGCUCCGGCACCGCUGGCAAUCAAACCACCAUCGGGUGCUUCCCUGACAACGGCAUCCGCCGGAGCAGCAGUUUCCUCGGUGGAUGCGAUUGCGGCUAUGCCACCCCGGUUCCACAAACCGAGGUUAAGCCUGAGCAACAGCUGUGGUGGUGGUGUGAGCAGCGGUCUCGCCACCAGCAGUAUGCCCUCGGUCCAUGGACGCACCGGACCAAACGCGAACGGUGGAUCGUCCUCGUCCGGCAUGCCACCACCAAAGACGAGACUUUCAACGCACCAAAGAAAUCUUAGCUUAGACUUUAGAUCAAUGGGAAUUCUCUUACCUCCAGUGUCGCAGGUGACCAACAAUCGCAUCAACAUGACCCAACAUCACCGAAAUCGAAGUUUAGAUAGUGCGCUGCAACGGAUACCAGAGGUGGAAGUGUCCUCACCGAGCGCGGAAUCGGAAAACACGCUGCACUGCACGAACGGCAUACUGAGCGGUACGAUGUGCAGCAAAAUCAUUCAAUCCUCGUCCACCAAUCCGACCAAUACACCGAGCAAUAGUGGCCGAGGCAUUACCUCCAUGUCCAUUGCCGGCACUACGAGAAGCGACUCAGCUGCGGGAACGGAGACGGUUGUAAUUGCAUCCUCUGCCUCAGCAACGAACAGUACGACGCAUCAUCACCAGCCAGGUCGGCAACAGAUAGGCCGAAAGGCGGGGGACCUUCUAGAGCAAGGUACUGUACUGCGGGCACUGAAAAGUAGUCAUUCCACUGAUGCUGAAACGAUCGUAAACUCGAUCGUGAAGGACAGUGACAGCAAAAAGCGUGAAGAUCUAACGAGCCUCGGAUCGGAUGAUUCGGGCAUCAUUUGUGGCUCGGAACCUGAUCACACCUCGCUGACGAGAAUCCGCCGAUCUAGGGAAAGUCUGGACUCGGGUGAGAUUGAUCCAUCGGAGGAGGAGUGCAUCGAGAUAUUGGAAACGACCUCCAUGGAGGAAGAGUACCGGAUGCUACAAUCCGACCUGUGCUUCUAUCCUACCACAAGCAUGGACCGGACGGCGAAAGAAGACGGAAGCGACUCAGAUUCGAGGCCGCUCGACAAUUGCAUUGAACUACAGCAGCAGCAGCAGGAGCAGCAUUCACAGAAGCAGAUCGAGGCGGGCGUCAACGGGCCGGUUAGUGAUAAAGUUCGCUACCGGCAGCAAAACAUGACCCGGGCUGCCAUCAUGCUGGAGAAACUGUUCGUUCCGAUUCACUUCGAAGAUGGCGAGGGUGGCGUAGCACCGGUAGUGGGUGCAAAUCUCGGCAACGAGGAGGACGAGUUGCUUACCCACCCAGACGCAGCGACACCGAUCGUUGGCGAAGGAAAAAGCUUGACGACACCCACGAACGCCAUGACGAUGACAACGGUACCCUUUGCACAGCAACCUGCUGCUUCCACUAACGUGCCAAGUACGGCGGUCAGUCCGAGUGAGACAAAGCCCGCCCUCAGCGAUCCACCCAAGACGGAUCAGAAGAAUGAGGUUAUGUUUCGGAAUUUUUUCGGUGCAACCAAGAAUGCAAUCUUCCGGACGGCGCAAAGCAUCAUCGAUAAUCACGAAAAGAAGCACGCGAAACAGAAGCAAGAAAAGCAAGCGGCGACGCAUACAGCGCCGGAAGAGGCAGGUACGGCCACGACGGGAAGCGGUGGAGCUGGUGUUGGAGCAACGGCCAGUGGUGCUUCUUCGAGCACUACGGUAAAAUCCCCAACGGAGUUGCUACGGAAGCGAGAGUUUGGUAGCAUGUUUGCGAGGAGUAGCAGCAGCAGCAAACAUCAUCACCAAGCCCCACAACAAACUAGCAAUAGCAGUAAUACUACCAGCAAUAGUAGUAGUAGUAGUAGUAGUAGUAGUAGUAAUAGUGCGACCACACCGACCACAACCACGACAACAACCUCAGCAUCGAUGGAAUUCGAAACAACGGCCACUUGCACGGACAGCGGCAACAGUCAGCUAAACAUUCCCAAGACGUCUCUGUCGAAAUCGUCUUCGACCGCUUCGUUGAAAGUGGUUCCAGGAGUGGCCGUAGCAGCAACGCCCUCCUGCUCUUCUUCCUCCUCCUCCAAUACAACCUCCACCGCCACAAUGCACUGUACCGGCAGUGGACCGCGCGAUGAGUCGCAGAUUCGCACCGAACGAACGGGGCAGAGUGGACUGUUGCGCUUCUUCGAAUCGCCCGUCUUCAACAUACACUUUGCCGUGCACUAUCUGUUCUACUCGAAGGAACCGGGCGUGCUUAGCUUCAUCGGGAAUAAGAUCUUCAGUUUCCCGAACGGCGAGGUGGAUCUGUACAUACCGCAGCUGAUCGUGAUGUACAUGCAGAUCGAAGAACUGUCCGAGGUGCUCGAUCCGUACCUGGUGUACCGGUGUCGGCAAUCGGUGGACUUCUCGCUCAAGUGCGUCUGGCUGCUGGAGGCGUACAACUUCAACACGGAGAUGCUGAGCGGCGCGGGCAAUAGUGUCCGCAAGCAUCUGAGCCUGUUGCGCGAGCUUUACCCCAAGCGGGAACGAGUGAAGCUGGCAGCUGCGCAGCUGACGUCCAGUGCUGCUCCGAACCCCGCCAGCACGGGCGGUGAGGCGUUGGGAACGACCAGCGACCCUCUAACACUGCAAGCCCAUCCAGCGUUGUCUGCCGUACGCAAAACGCAUCAUCGCUCGCAGUCUGAUGCCACGGGUAUGAUGGGUCUGCUGGCGCAACAUCACCACGCUCAUCACGCUCCACUGCCGGGCGUUCCUGGUCCGAGCAAUCGAACGCCGGUAUGUCUCGGUGAUCUGAGUACGGGGCGUGCCUUCGACAAUGGUUGCGUGUGUUUCGAAUCCGUCCGUGGCACAGUGAACGACCUGCUCGGCCAGCAGACGGUAUGUUCCUGCGGUGCUCCGAAGCUAGCACCGGAAAAGGAGUUCAUGAAGGCGCUGAUCGACAUCGGCAAGAUGCUGACCUGUCUGCAGACGAAGAUCGAAAAGACGUCACGCUUGCGCAUCCUGCUUAACCUGAUUAACAAAAAUCUACCGGCACGUGUGUGGCUUCCACUGCACACCGAAACGCCUCACCACGUGGUGCGCAUUACGGAGGAGAAGACGGCCGUACUCAACUCGAAGGACAAGACUCCGUACAUCAUCUACGUGGAGGUGGUCGAAGUGCAAGACAUCUACACGUCACCCGUUAUCCCGAAGCUGAUGCCGACGCUACGGCACACCAAGAGCGAAGAGCGGCUUGACAGUAGCAUCAGUGCCAGCGCCCUCAACUCCACGGACGAAAGCAACCCCAGUAAGACUGAACAGACCACCGCCGGGUCCUCCUGUCAGCCGGCGAGCGAAGAAACGGCGACCGGCUCGUCAAGUGCUGCUCCGCAAAACGUUCCACUACCGGCUGCAGUGGCAGCAUCGUUGGCCACUUCACGAAGUCGGCACAGCAAGCUGUCGGAGUGUUCGGCUGACAUCGGUGCUGGAGGUGGCAGCAUGAUGGAGCUCGGCCUGACGGAGGACGAUGUGUGGUCGCAGGAGGACGACGAAAUUACGGCCCAGUAUCUGAGCCUCACGAAAAUGUCGAGCGAUCGGGAUGCGAUAUCGCAGUUCUCGGUCGAUUCGUACGACUCGCGCGAUCAUCACACUCCCGCCCUAUUCAACAUCGGCGAGGUGAAGAAGCGUCACUGUGCCAACCUGAACUCGGAGAAUGCGAAACCCUUCAGCAAUGACCCUUCCGAUCCUUCCGCUGCGGCAUUGAAAGAACCGUGGCACGAGAAGGAGAAACAGAUCCGUGACUCCUCACCCUACGGACAUCUUCAGUCCUGGAGGCUUCUGUCGGCGAUCGUUAAGUGCGGUGAUGAUCUACGGCAGGAACUAAUGGCCACGCAGCUGCUGCAGAUGUUCAAGUUGAUCUGGGAAGAGGAAAAGGUUGGACUUUGGGUGCGCCCGUACCGGAUCGUCUGUCUGUCGAACGAUUCUGGAUUGAUCGAGACGAUCGUCAAUACAGUGUCGUUGCACCAGAUCAAGAAGAAUUCCAACAAAAGCCUGAAGGACUACUUCAUCGACGAGUUUGGCGAUGUGGAGACGGUUGCGUUCCGUGUGGCGCAGCGUAACUUUAUGCAUUCCUGCGCUGCCUACUGUCUGAUCUCGUACCUGCUGCAGGUGAAAGAUCGACACAACGGUAACAUCCUGCUGCAUUCCGAUGGACAUCUGAUCCACAUCGACUUUGGCUUCAUCUUGAGCAUAUCGCCAAAAAAUCUAGGCUUCGAACAGUCACCGUUCAAACUGACUCCCGAGUUUGUGGACGUGAUGGGUGGCCCAGAGUCGGAGCUGUACUGUGAGUUUAAGUAUCUGCUGCUGGACGGUCUAAAAGCGGCCCGCAAGCACAUGGACCGCAUCAUCAACAUUGUGGAAAUCAUGCGAAGCAGUUCACAGCUGCCCUGCUUCAAAAAUGGCUGCUCCGGCACGGUGCGCAAUCUGCGCAACCGCUUCCACAUGAAUCUGACCGAGCAGGAGCUGGAGCGCAAGGUGGAACAGCUAAUCCAGGACUCGCUCAACUCCCUCUCGACCAAGCUGUACGAUGGCUACCAGUACAUCACGAACGGUAUCUUGUGAGAGCGGUUCGAUAUGCACAUCUAAACCGGCCAAUGUGGGAAGAUGAGCGGGAAGCGAACGAAAGUACAAACCGAGCUGAGACAAACACAAAAACCGAUCGACCGAUUUGCCGAUUUGCUGAUGCAUGCUGCUCCCCCGGUGGCGGGGAGGUGGAAAAGAAACAGUGACAGGGGAAGGAAAAUGAGAUCCAAAUUGAGAACACAGUUUGUAAGAUUUUUCGACUCUUUAUAUCUGUCUUGUUUUGUCCGUUAUUGCUAUUGAUUUUCUUUUUCCUGGUGGGGGUGACACAAGCUAAUUGCAUUUUCACUGACUCUUGUUCUCGAAGAAAGCUUUUGUUUUCUGUUUUGGGCAAAACCAUUGGCGGCAAGACCAUUGUUCUGUUGAGGGGGCGAAGGACGAAGGAGAGCUGUUUAUUGCGAUAGAUAAUAUAUAUAUUUUAUUAUUGUAAUAUUUUACGUUCAACCUGUACAUAUACGUAUCGAACUCCAGCUAAGGAAAGUAAAUCAAAAUGCCACUCUUAGUACAGAAGGAAAAAGGAAAAUAGAUUAAUUAGUUGAUAAAGCAUUACAGAAAAGAAGAAAACUCGGAGAAAGAGCGCGCGAGAGAGAAAGAGAGCCGUAGCUAGCUUUUGUACUAAGGAGGAAACAACACGAGGAGAAUCGGUUGAGAGCUUUUUUAGCUAGGCUCCACCAAUCCACCAUACAAAGCAAGAGUGUGUACAUUGUAAUUGUAAUGACGGUACUAACGAGUCGCAAAUGCAGGAAUAAGAAAGCCCUCCAACCACUACUUACUUCUCUCUCUCUCUCCUAAGCUCGCGUACAGACGAGCUCACACCAGCAGCAUCCUUUCCCGCUUCAACAGUUCCGUUUUGCAGGCUGUCGGUGUGUUCGAUCCCUCAUCGUAGUAAGCUAGCUUUUAGUGUAGAAGAAAAUCAAAUCAAAUGCAAGUGGCGCGUGGCGAGAGAGACACAGGGAUGUUGCUUUAGCACGAACAGCCAACAGACACGUUGGAUGGGUAUGUUACAUUACGUUACGUUUGUUACGUCGUCGGACGCACUGGGGUUGGGAUGUAGGCCUAAGCAACCCCCCCCCCCCCACCCCAUACAUUGUAUACCCCUUGUUUCCGGUUUUUGCAGUAGGUAGAUGGUAAUAAUGGUGGUUGGCAAGUUUAGGAAACUUGCAGCCACACUGUUGUACAUAGUUAGGAAGCAAAUAAGGAACUGAUACGAAGGGGGGUGCGGGGGGAGAGAUGUGAGAGUGGAUUUUUAGUAGCUUCUUGCUUAGAGCUACCCCCACAGUUUUACACCGUUUCUCUCGUUCUCUCGUUCUUAUGCAAUGCCCUGGUACUGAUGGAGGAGGGGCCCCCUCGUUCCCCACCUUGCCCAGUUAAGUUAUAGAGCAACUAGAUUCUAAGCUACUAAGUCGAAUGUGAGGAAGGGGGGAAAUAGUGCUGAAUGGGGAUGGGAAGAAGGGAUCAGAGGAAGCGAAUCUGCGACCAAACAAAAAAAAAACACAAAAAAACUCUCUCUCCCUCUCUUCCCACCUCUCUAUUCUACGCUUUUCAUUAUAUCUCUUGCAUACAAUAUUGCUCUAACUCUCUCUCACUCUCUAAUAAUAGCGAAAACGGAAAUAUCCAACCGGAAGCACCGGAUGUAAGAGAUAGGCAAAAAGGUCCUACCCCCCCCCCCCCCCUUCCCCCCACGAAACGAUAAGAAUACUCAAGUGGUAAUCAACACUCUAAUGGAAACGCAAAGCACGUUUGAACUAGGGAAAAGGGCGGGCAAAGUUCGAAAAACUCACUCGCGUGAAGGUCUUUUGUAUUUCUUGCUUUUUUUGCUGUAUGUUUUUGUUUCUUUCUUCCUUUCCUUGGUUUUUUUUCUAUUAUUAACUACGUCAAUUCGGUUCGGAUAAAAGUGUGCAGGGUUACUCUACACAGCGCUAUUGCCACUUGAUAGCAACGCGCUUGCUGAGAUUUGUGCGAGCGCCGUAGAGAAUGUUUUCCCCAGCCGACCCAUUUGGUGCUGAGCGGAACAAACCCUGUGCCCAAUAUUAUCUAAAAAGGCUUGAACAAACAGAAUGCUGAAGAUGGAGCUGUUUUUCUUCCUGGAAAAAAAGCAAUUAUUAUUUAUACGUACAACCCGUUACAAGUUACACAAUGUGCUAUAUAUGUAUGUAUGUAUGUAUGUAUAUGUAUUCAUAUCACUCUUGCGCUACGUUCCGGGUUUAAUAUUAUUCUAUCGGGAUAUUCCGUUUAUACAUGCUCUUAUAUACACACACACUUAUUUCUAGAAAUUCGGUUUAGACGUGGUUCAAGUGGAAAGGUGGAAAAUUGCGACGAUAGUAAAGGAAGAGACUUUUUCGCGCUUUGUACAGAAAACUAAGGUAAAUGGGGUAAGGAAACUUUCAGGAAAAAAAGAAGCACUCGUCCUCUACGGUGGACAAACCACCCUGAACUACUACAAAGCAUGUAGUAAGGACGGUGGCGAGUGUGUUAUGCUCUUUCAACGUGCCAAGCCUUCGUCGAACGGGCGGCAGACGGCAGAUGCCUCACAAACCAAGAGUAGUGGAAAAGCGAAUGAAGUGAAGCGAAAAACGAAGCUUAGCCUAGGCAACAUUAAUAUAAUUAACGUUUAAAAAAGGGGCAAAGGACGGUGGAUGAAGUCAAGGAUGCAAAAUGGAAAACCGCAACAACAACAAAAAAAAAUGCAAACAUUUACUCACCUUUUGUGGAAAUAAGCGAAGGAAGCUGGCGAUAAAGGUGAACACAGGUGCAAGGGAGGAAAAAUGUGAGAGAGAUGAAAAACAAAACAUUUUGUCGUCGAAAUUUGAAUAUAAGUUGAAAAAAAUGAUAACAAAUGA